ACAACUCUCACGAAACCCUCUCUCCCUCUUUCGCCUUCUCUCUCGUCUCUCCCUUCUCGUCGCUCACUGCGGACCUCUCUCUCAGCCCGACCUCCAAAACCCUUCUCCAAUGUCGGCGCUUUUCGAUGAUACAUCCGAGGAUGGCUCUUCUCCUACAUCCGAUGCCGCCUUGGAUGCUGAGGUGGUGCCUUUAUCGGUGCCGAGAGCUGAGGAACAGCGGCGGAGGUGGCCUGGUUGGCCGGGAGAUUGCGUGUUCAGGCUCGUCGUUCCGGUACUGAAAGUGGGGGGUAUCAUCGGACGCAGGGGGGAGUCGAUUAAGAAGCUCUGCGAGGAGACCCGUGCCCGUGUUCGGGUCCUUGAAGGCCCCGUUGGCUCUCCUGAUCGUAUCGUUCUCAUAUCUGCAAAAGAAGAGCCAGAUGAGGAAGUGUCUCCUGCAAUGGAUGCUGUAAUAAGGGUUUUUAAGCGUGCCAAUGGUAUAUCAGAGAAUAAUAGUGAUGGCAUAACUACACAAUCUUCUGCAUUCAUUCGGUUACUGGUUCCAUCAAGUCAAGCAAUUAGUUUGAUUGGAAAGCAUGGUACCUUGAUUAAGUCAAUCCAGGAGAACUGUGGUGCAUCAGUGCGGGUUCAGUCUGGAGAUGAGCUGCCACUUUAUGCAACCAUGGAUGAAAGAGUUGUAGACAUCCAGGGUGAAUGUUUGAAGGUUCUCAAAGGAUUAGAAGCUGUAAUUGGGCACCUCCGGAAAUUUCUGGUUGAUCAUAGCAUAAUUCCUUUGUUCGAGCAAAAUCUCAAGAAUCAAGUUUCUCAAGAGCGUGCUGUGAAUGCUUGGGGUGACAAUACACAGUCAUUGACCCAUAAUGUACACCAUGCUGGGAUCAACAAUGAUUAUCCUCACUCAAUGAGAUGGGAUCCGGUACAUACUGAUCGGGAACCUCCACCGGACCUGCCUUAUCAUCCCCAAGAUCCACAUUAUCAACGCAGUGGGCUGUCAAUGUAUGGUCCAGAUCCUUCUCAUAGUGGCUUGCGUUCCAUGGGAUUGGGCCGCUCUGCUGGUGCUGUAGUUGCUCAGAUUUCACACACCAUGCAAAUUCCUCUAACCUAUGCGGAACACAUUAUUGGUGUCGACGGGCAAAAUAUAACAUAUAUUCGUCGUGCAAGUGGAGCAGUCCUCUCAGUUAAUGAAAGUGUGGGAAUUCCAGAUGAGAUUACAGUUGAGAUCAAGGGUACCUCAAGUCAAGUUCAGUCUGCUCAGAGGCUAAUCCAGGAAUUCAUAGCUGGUCAUAGAGAACAAGCAGCAAGCGGCGGCUACGCAAGCCAUGACGCAAGAUCCCGGCCAUCAGCAUAUUCUCAUCAUUCUGAAGCCACCACUGCAUAUCAUCCAUCAGCAUCAACAUUAACUUAUUCUCAUCAUGGCGAAAGCGCCGCAUAUCAUCCAUCGUCAUCUUAUCCAGGGCAAUUGAACAGUGGAUAUGGUUCUUCCUCUAGAUUUGGAGGAUAUGGUGGAGGUGGCUAUAGGUAUUGAAGUUCAAAGUGACGACACCGCCGUGUUGAGAGAUUUUACUAACAUCGAGUUCCUUCAAUACUGUAAUUUGCAAAUCAUCGAUGGACCAAUGAAUUUCAGUUAGUUUGUUAGGUCAGUUAUGUAUACUUGUAAAAGGCAGCUGUUUGUGGUUUCUUUUUUUUU